AAACCCCCACCAAAUAAUUCGUCAACAGUCAUGAUACGACCGCCAUUUAACAUGAUAAUGCGCAAGACAUGAGAGACGACCAUGGCAUUUGCAGCAAGGCUGGGUGCUCUCACCGGAGAGCUCGUUGAGGCUGCCACUAACUCAUCAGUUGAGACGAACCCUCGAUUCAAGGCCCAGCGCGACGCUGCUUUGCAAAGAUUAAAGUCGCAUCCAUAUCUGCGAACGAAUCAAUUCGAAGUCGAGCACCAACUGGACGGUCUAGAAGAGCGAUUCCGUGUCAAUGGCCGAGAUGCGCUCGCCGAUGCCCUUGUCGAGCGCCGGGAGCAGCUCCGACAAAUACACUCGAAUUUCCACCCUGAAGUUCUAUACCUGAUAUUAGAGCUCUCAGACCAACCGACAUAUUACUCAAAACUGAGCGACCUAGAUGCGCUGAAAACAGGACCAAGCGAUUCAGAGCUCGAACUGCGUUGGGAGGAUAUUGCGAAGGAAGAUGGAUGGGAAGACGACCCUGCGAUAUGGAAGACGAUAAAAUACACCGACAGUUCAGAUGAUGAGCUUUACGAAGAUGACUCCAAGAGUGAAUCGGAGGCCAGCACUGAUCCAUCUGAGGUCCCGCUUGGACGAACAGCCGAAGAUCUAAUUAUCAACCCCGAGGAUAUGACGAAACUGCACGAGAUUCGAGGAGCGCAAGGUUGGCGAACAGAAAAGCCCACAGACGCAUCUGGCCAUGCUCGCAAAGUGCCAGUAACUGAAUUUCAGAUCGUUCGAGAAGCCUUAUUCAUGUUACAAGGACUUGAUACGACACUCUUUGGACCCAAUGGCACGGUCAACCCAGCAUUUCAGAUGGCCCAUCUGAAAUGGGAUACUCACAAAGCUCUUCUGAGCUAUUUCUCCGAAGCAGGACGCCAAUUAGGUAUUCUCAGAGAUUUUGUCAGCAAGCCACAGCGAGCAUCGCAUAUUCAGGUUCUACAGGAUACUGUGGCCAAGCGACUUGAUGAUCUGGACAGAAAGUCAACAGGUAUAGAGUCACGGCUUGUUGCACCUGAGAACAACGUGGUCGUCAGCUUAUUAUCGGUUAAGGGAGAGUUGGCAACCUCGCUUGAACCGUUGUAUUCGCUUUCGAAUAUCAUCGCUCAGAUACAGAAUGUGCCGAAUCAAGGUACGUUUCGGUAUCUUGAGCUUCUCUUUGACGAUGCAAGCAUGGCGCAACUAUCCGGAAAGCUAGACGUUUAUGAGUUUCUGGCACGCAUUUUCGUCGAGUGCUUCAAUGUUUACCUUCGCCCUAUUCGCCUCUGGAUGGAAGAGGGCAAACUUAUUCCCGGUGACAAGAUCUUCUUCGUGUCACAGGCACCAAGCCAAGUAUCACCUAGCAAGAUCUGGCGCGAACAGUUUAGGCUGCGUAGGACGGCCGAUGGAAAACUACAUGCUCCUAACUUCCUCCAACCAGCAGCUGCCAAGAUUUUCAAUGCUGGCAAAAACAUCGUCAUCUUGAAGCGACUGGGCCGUUGGAUUUCUUCAGGCUCGGAGUGGACAAUUCAAGAACCUCCCCUACACUAUGAGACACUUUGUCCUCAAAGGCGGGAACUUGCACCCUUUUCGGAGCUUUUCGAUGCUGCAUUCGAUGCGUGGAUCCAGACUAAAUACAACACAUCCUCUACCACGUUGAGGAAUACACUAUUUGAAGAAUGUGGACUCUGGUCUGCUCUUGAAGCUAUGGAGCGGUUGUAUUUCAUGUCUGAUGGUGCCGCAACAGACGCAUGGACUAGCAGCCUCUUUGGAAAGCUAGAUGCGCUGGAUCCUAACUGGAACAACCGCUAUAGCCUGACGAGUGUAGCACAAGAGGCAUUCACAACCCUUGUCGACAUGACAAGGAUUUCCAUAUACAUCAGUCCCACAGGACUAAAGGUGCCACUUCUCAAAGCUCGCGACUCUGUCAAGGCGGUUCUCCCGAGUACAAAAGUCAACUAUCGAGUGGCAUGGCCGAUUCGCAUGAUUCUGUCUGAAGACAGCAACACCCAGUACGAUGCUAUAUUUACUCUUCUUUUGCAAUUGAAGCGAGCUCUGUAUGUUCUGCACAAGCGCAAGAUCCUCGAGAAUUACUGGAUCGAUCAUGAUAACUGGGACGAGCGUGCUCUUUAUUAUUCACUACGGAAUAACCUCCUGUGGUUCUGCACUACUCUCCAGACCUAUCUUGCGACGCUCGUCUUGGCACCUAACUGCGCUAAGAUGAGGCAGGACCUGCAAGACGCUCACGAUGUCGAUGCCAUGAUGAGAGUUCAUGCUGCAUUUUUGAAACAAGUUGUUGAUGAGGCAUGUCUCGGGAGUAGAUUAACACCAAUCAGAGAAUGCUUUCUCGAUAUGCUCGACCUGGCCAUCAGACUAGAGCAAGCGCAAACUGUCAACAUGACAAAGGAAACAGAGCGGAUGCAACAGUUUUCCCGUCUCUCGACCAGAAACCUUUCGCCCACACCCGGAACACCUGGAUUGAAGACCAAGUACGUCGAUAGUAGCGAUGAAGAGGACGAUGCGGAGAGGGAUGAAUCGAGGACUCUAAAGAUGGGCAAGCCGUUUAUGACUGUGCUCAAGGAGAUAAAAUCCGAUUAUGAUAGACACUUGCGGUUUGUUUGUGGCGGACUGCGCAGUGUAGCCAGAGCUACAAGUGAUGUUCAGUCGGCAAAGUGGGACAUCCUAGCUGAGAUGUUCCAAACAGGCUGCCGAGACGAAAGGCCAGGCUACGCUUAAGCCACGAUAUUGAGAUUGGAUAUGAAUAUAAUGAUACCCC